CCUUUGGCCGUCGUACCGUUUGAACGUCAUUUUUCGAAUCUUCCUCAAACGGCUUUAUUCUCCGUUCGGAGUAUAUAUUCGAUAGAUCACGAGGACUACUUCAGUUUUGUUUGUCUGUCUCUCUGUAUAAACGCGUGAAUAUCUUCGUCGUCGUUUCGUGAUCGGGCAAUCGAAAAUCGAAGAAAAGUCGGAUCGUGCAUUAAGCCGUGUGGUAUGCGGUUGAAAGAGAGAAAGAGAGAGAAAGAGAGAGAAAGAGAACCAGAUCGAGAGAGAGAGAGAGAGAGAGAGAGAGAAAGAGAACCAGAUCGAGCGAAUACCGAUCGUUCGAUUCCCUAGUGAAGAGAUAGAUAGAUAGAUAGAUAGAUAGAUAGAUAGAUAGAUAGAUAGAUAGAGUGUGAGAGAGAGAGAGAGAGUGAGAGAAUCGAUAAAGUCAAACUCGAUGGAGUCUCGAUAACUCGCUUAUCGAAGCCGGGAUUAUUCGCUUUCAUCGAACGAGGACGGGCGUUAUCGCUAUUCGACCGACAAAUCGCCACAGGCUCGAAACUGCCGACCAUAUGAAUUCAUCGACGUUGGAAUCGUUGUGAAAAGAAAAAAAAGAAAUAUUAAACGAAAUAUUAUGAAGUUAAUUAUAAACUUGAGUGUAUAUGUAAAACUUGUGUUAAAGAAAGUGGACAAUUAGAUAUAGGACAAAAAUUCAUUUUUAUACAAAAAAGGAAAAAAACGAAGAAGAAUGAAUCGACGAGAAGUAGUAAUUCAUCGAAUGACGUCGUUUAUCGUGAAAGACGAUGGUAUCUCGUCAACGAGGUGAUCUCCUAUUCAAAAGGAAAAAUGCAUUAUACGGAUAAAGAAUAGAAUAUCAUCUUUUCAUCAUUAACGAAGGCAGGAUGUGUUGUCCGGGUGGUCCUGGUGGGACAAGAUUGACGAGAUGCGGAGUGGUCUGUGGGCUUGCAGCAUUGGCAGCAUUAAGUACUGCGUUGUUGGGUCCAGCUUGGCUUCACACCGAAGAGAAACUAUACGUACCGUAUUUACCAAGUAGCUCAACAAACCUUGUGAGCGUACGCUUCAAGCUCGGCCUCUUCAGGGUCUGCUCGAAAAUCGUAAAGCCCUCCAACAUCAGCUUUCCAUAUCCAACGUCAGGCUGUAGUUACGUAAGAUACAGUAGUUUGGAGGACGUGAGACCGCAAGAACUUGGAUUUGGUCAGUUAGAAUUCACUCCGACUGUCAUUUCGAAGAUAAGAAUCUCGGCACCGUUUCAAGUGAUAGCCGUUGUCUUGAUUCUCGCUGGUACCAUUUUCGCACUUAUCGGCCAUUGUUACUCGGAUCAUAGAACCUUGGUAGCCUGUGGUCUUUUUCUACUAGGUGGACUAUUGUUAGGUGGUGGGCUGAUAGUACUAGCAUCAGCUCUAUCUGACGCGUCGUUGGAAUUACCUAGAAAGUAUAGUCUGCCUUCAACGACAAAUAUGCAAACAGACGAUAACGGUUUACCUCAGUAUCACUACGGUUGGUGUCUCCAACUCUCAGGAUUAGCACUCAUCCUGGCCAAAGUAGCUGCUCUUUUAACUAUGUCCGGAUAUAUGGCACGAUUUCCAACAGUCGAAGACAUGGUAAGAGUUAUGGUACCAGGAGCGGAAAGAAAACUGAGAGAGCGAAGAGGUGUAAGCUCGGAGUACCUCAUCAGAGCACAUCAAAAGUCACCAGGUCCACCUCAGGCUCGUGGAUUUAACCAACCAACGAAAAGUGUACUUGCUCCCCAGAGAGUAGCAGAAGAAGGAACUUCUCUACUGUGUAAGUCAGCACCUGAUAUUUGUGCUUCCAACCCACAAGCAAUCAGCUAUGUGGAUAAAGCAGAUCUCUCCCACGUUCUUCCAGCUUAUCCAGAUCCAAAGAAUACCGAUCCUCGAUACACUUUCGUCGAUAAACCAGAUGCCAAUGUUAUCGACUCACAAUUAAGUGGCUUCGUCGAUAAGGAAGGUCUCAUUGAUUCUAGAAUUUUAUCCGAUUCUAGACAAAAUAUGAUCGCAUUUAGCGAAAAUAAGGAACAAACUCUCAAUCAAGAGCCACGUUAUACGGAAUACGCUGCAAGAGCUACCGAGACAAACGUAAUUGAUUCCAGAUUAAGUGGUUUUGUUGAAAAAGAAGGUUUGCUUGAUUCAAGGCUAGCAGGAUAUGCCGAGAGGAACGAAUCUUUAUUGGAUACACCUCUUGGUUACGAUUCACGUUACAAUAGUUUAGCUGGACAAACUGUACCUAUCACGUUGAAACAUCACAAUACAUCUGUAUCAGCGAUCCAAUCUCAAUAUAUUUAUCAAAAUUUUGGUACGAUACAUUCUGGUAUUUUAAGGGUAUCCGAACCUGGUACAAGUUCGAGCUCUAAUUCAAGUCAAAGAAGUAUGACCUUGCAGAAUCCAAAACGAAAAUCGCAAAUUGCUCAAAAUACUUUUAGUACGAUGGAAUGUGAGAAAAGAAAACAACGGGGUCCUGGUUUAGUAGGAAAGGCUGGAUUUUAUGCUGGUAGUGCCGUAUGACCACCACCACCUCCUCCGACGCCAAGGUAACUCCACGAGGAAGAAACGCCACUUUAGUUCGAAUCAAGAGAAUUCUUUCAAUGGCGUUUUAAAUAAUAUUGGUCGGAGGAAGAGUGUUUUUAAACGAGAAAUCAAAAAAAAGAAAAAAGAACAAACUAAGAAAAUAAACGAACAAUGGAUGCAACAUUAUCAUCGGUCGAUAGUGCAGAUCCCUUACUUUUUUGAACGUUUCCGAUUCAAGCUGCUUGAUAAUUCAGAUCACUGCCCUAUUAUGCGUGAUAAAUUAUACCAACAGUCGGAUUUACAAGUUCCUGUGAUAAUAUCCCUGCCCAAUGAUACAAGAAAAAACAUCAAUAUCUUAUUACUACUAAUGUGAUAAAAGUUAUGUUGUGGUCAUGAAACAAAUGCUGCCAUGCUAAUCGAUGCCAUAACUUGAUUUAUACCAAAAUGAUGAACUCGAUGGUCACUCGAAACCGCAACGUCGGAUCCAAAAAAAUCUGUACAUAGAAUAUUUAUCCUAAAAAUUAGAUAUAUAAUCGAUGUGAGGAGUAAGAAAUGAAAAAUACAUAGGUCUUCGAUAAAUUUAUAUUAAACGAAAUGGAUCAUCGAAGUAUUUGACAUUCAUGAAAUCAAUAUUAAUCUAACUACUAAUGAAAGGAUUAUCAAAAAGUUACGAUACGAUGAAAGGAAUAAAGGAAAGAAGGACGAAAUGAAAACGAUAGUAGUUUGCUUAACAUAGAUGUAGCGUAAGUGUAAAUGAUACACCAUGUGAGGUGGCGAAAUACAUGUUCUGCUCAUUGCUGGCAAAAUUUCACGUACUAUUUAUAUUAUAUAAAAACAUUUCCUCUAUUUCCCAUUGAAAGAAAUAGUUCGUGAUUUUUUGCGUAUCAAGAAAAAGCAUUUAAAUCAACUGACUACUCUCAAUCAAAAAAUAAAAAACCAAAAAAUAAUUAAAUAAAUAAAUGAAUUCCCCAAUGUUAUAAUCGUUGCAAUCAUUGCUUAAAUAUGUUCUACGUUACCAUUAUCAUGAUUUAUCAUUUAUAAAUACUUGAGAAUUUGAACUAACGUCUAUGGUGUAUUGAAAAAAAAAAAAAAAAA